AUGGUGGGCAUAGGCUUCCUCGAAACCAUCUGCUGCUUGCGGCCCCUUCCCGAUCCCCCGAAGAAGCGGAAGAGCAAGAAGAGCAAAAGUAAGAAAAAGAGAGAAUCCCACCAUCAAUCAAGCAAAAGCAAGGGAAAGGACAAGGCGACCGUGGAUAAUACGGAUCGGGUGGAGUACUGGGUGGACAGUCAAACAAUGAUAACGGAGAGGGCUAACCGUGACAAGCAGCGGUAUGCCGAAGACGAGGAGCUGGAGGCGAGGUUGAACAAUUUACCACAUGCUGAAAGCUCGAGGCGCGCGGGACCCUCCGGUUGGUAG